AUGGGUGGCUCCAUGUGCCAGUACAUUUUUGAAGCCGCCACAACAUGCUCGCUUGUUGCGCUGUGUUGUGGCAGAGCUCGGAUUCUCAAAGAUAUUCGUCUUGGGAUGCGCUGUGCAGCACAUGGGAUUUGCUCGAACAAGAGGUUGAAGUGCUGCGCUGCUGUCUGGGCUGAACAUGGUCCUCUGAGCGCAGCAGAAACGAGCUGGCUCGAGGGCUGCAGGGCUGGAGGGCAGUUUGUGCCGCUGAAUGUGGCUCAAUGUGCCAGUGCCAGUACAAUUUUGAGAGCUUGGAUUCUCGAAGAAUAUUCGAUGUCCAUCGGCUCCCACGGAACUUGGGAGGAUCCAUGA